GCAAGGUGAGAAUCGGAUUGGACCUAGCUUGGCAGGUAGCCCCCCUGCGGAGGCGCGAAGCCACACGCCGCCCAGCUCCGGGUGGGCGGCUCGCACGCAGCCGUCUGGCCACGGGGUGGGGCGGUGCUGCAGCGCUGUCCAGAGACCUCGCAUCACAAGACUCCCCCGAUGCCCGCCGGCCGCCGCCCGGUCUUGAGCUGCCUCGCGCUGGCCGCGCUCCUCGGCGCCGCCUGGCUCGGCUGCGGCGCGGCCUUCGUGCCCGCCGCCCGCGGCGUCGCGGAGGCAGCCGCGGCGCCCCCCGGCGCCGCUGCGGCCGCCGCCGCCGCGGGCCUUGCGCUUCCAGCGUUCACCUCGCAGCCCGCCCUCGCCGCGGACUCGCCGCCGGGCUUGCCCUACGUGAUCGUCUUCCUCGCCGUCUUCUCCGCCGUCUUCGUGCUCCCGAACGUCGUCUUCAAGGGCAAGUGAGGCCGCGGGCGGCGGCGUCUCGCGGCGGCAUAUCGGCUCAAGUCGGGCCUGUCCCUCUACAGGAGGAGUAUUCAAAAAUUAGGGGACACGCCCGACUUACACAUAGGCCCGCGCGCCGUGUGCCAGAGCUCGCCCCACCCCCCACCCACCCCGGGGGGGCGUUUUUUUGUGCGCAGGCCGCCGCCGCUGCGCCCGCGGCGGGGCAGAGCUCCCGAGGAGGAAAAGGUACGCGAGCGUUGCCUUGUUCUCCAGGCCUCCUGCUUCUAGUGCUGCGCCCGCGGUGGAACAGAUCUUCGGAGG